AUGCGCCUCAUUAGUCAAUCCUUCUGCUCUGCGGCUCUAUCAAUAGUUGGUUGUGGCAAUGGUGAAAUUCUUACCAAGUCGAUCAGAUACUGUGGAGCCUACUGCAGCUCAGGCUCUGCUUACCCAGUUCCCAAGGGUCACAGUAGGGAUUCAAGUGGCAAUACUUAUGUUUGGGAGAGACUAUGGUUAACAUUGCUGGCUGAAAUGGAUGGCCUAGAGCUGGCAAAAGCUCCAUACCCCAAAGAAAUUCGGUUUUUUGUAUGCUCCUUCUUGGCCGAAAAUUUUCACUUUUCACUAGGGUUUCUCCCUCCACCUUCAAGCUCGGAUCUUGACUCUUGGAUUGGGGAUUUCAAGCCUCUUGAUUUGGAUUUGCAAUGUCUCCGCGUCGAUCUCGUCCCCGGAGGAGCCGUUCUCGUUCACAGCAUAGUGAGGAGGAGGUCCCCACGACAUCCUCUCCCGCGGCUUCAUUUUUCGGGGUGGAAUUUCCCGCGGGUAGCCUUCCUCCUCACGCCAACACCGGAUGUAGUCGGGAGGUUUUCUCUUCCGCUACUCUUAGGCAGGCUGUUGGCCCACUUCCUCGGUUCGACGGGGAUCGUCCAAAUGACUCUUGCCGUUCGAUACAGGAAGGAGGGCGCCAUUGCUUGCGCCAACUUAUCACAGAUGCCUCCUUCACCCCUGAUUCUACUUCCACUCAGGUUCUAAAGAAGCCGGGUUUUCUAUUUGGAGAUCAUGUCAGGGAUCCUGCCACGCUGACUCUUUGUGAGGAGCAUUGGUUAACUCUUGACGGUGGAGCCUGUUUGUACAUCCCUUCGAUUCCACGCCACUAUUCUUUCAGUCAUUUGAAGGGGCAAGCCGUGGACCGGCAGAUGUCUUGGCAUCUUACUGAAGAUGCUGAUCGGGUUCAAUGCGGAUAUGCUACUAACCAUAAGACUCCUGGCUCUGAGGGGUAUCAUGACGUGCGUGGUCUACGACCCGGGAUCAUGGGUCUUGAUACUGCACCCCCAGGCGAGGUGUCAGCUGCUGCUCCGACUGUGAGCAACCGUCUGGCUCUUCUUGGGAGACAGUUACCCCCAUCGGAGUACAGAUGUUAUGGCUGGGCUUCCUCCCUAGCCAAAGGGUGGUGGGCGCGCAUGACUGGUUUCGUCUUGGCGCGCUGGG